CUUGAAGGCGGAAGCAGAAAACAUUUCCUCGCGCGCUUCCGGGUUCCGCCUCGCAUACAUCUGACCGUCUGAUCUGUCGUUACCGGAGCUUCACCGGCGCUUUUACAGCUCGAGAUGGCCGCUCGGUUACCCGCAUGUGUUGUGGAUUGUGGCACAGGGUACACUAAACUGGGAUAUGCUGGAAACACAGAACCGCAGUUCAUCGUUCCGUCAUGCAUUGCCAUUAAAGAGUCGGCGAAGGUGGGUGAUCAAGCCCAGAGGAGGAUGAUGAAGGGAGUCGAUGACCUGGACUUCUUCAUCGGCGACGAGGCCAUCGAUAAACCCAACUACGCCACCAAAUGGCCGAUCCGGCAUGGGAUUGUGGAGGAUUGGGAUCUGAUGGAGAGAUUUAUGGAGCAGGUGAUCUUUAAAUACUUGAGAGCUGAACCUGAGGACCAUUACUUCCUACUGACUGAACCUCCGUUAAACACGCCAGAAAACCGCGAGUACACGGCCGAGAUCAUGUUUGAGUCCUUCAAUGUGCCGGGACUCUACAUCGCUGUGCAGGCGGUUUUGGCUCUGGCUGCUUCAUGGACGUCACGUCAGGUCGGUGAGAGAACACUCACAGGAACUGUCAUCGACAGCGGAGACGGAGUUACUCACGUCAUUCCAGUGGCAGAGGGUUACGUGAUUGGCAGCUGUAUUAAACACAUUCCCAUCGCAGGUCGUGACAUCACGUAUUUCACACAGCAGUUACUGAGGGAGAGAGAGGUGGGCAUCCCACCCGAACAGUCGCUGGAGACCGCCAAAGCCGUCAAGGAGCGCUUCAGUUAUGUGUGUCCUGACCUGGUGAAGGAGUUUAAUAAAUAUGACACAGACGGAUCUAAAUGGAUCAAACAGUACACCGGCAUCAACGCUAUCAGUAAGAAAGAGUUCACCGUCGAUGUGGGAUAUGAGCGCUUCCUGGGACCCGAAAUAUUCUUCCAUCCUGAGUUUGCUAAUCCUGAUUUCACUCAGCCAAUCUCUGAGGUGGUUGAUGAGGUCAUUCAGAACUGUCCAAUCGAUGUGCGUCGUCCGCUCUAUAAGAACAUUGUUUUAUCGGGCGGUUCCACCAUGUUCCGUGACUUCGGCCGUCGUUUGCAGAGAGAUUUGAAGAGAACGGUGGACGCUCGUCUGAAACUCAGUGAGGAGCUCAGCGGAGGAAAACUCAAGCCCAAACCAAUCGAUGUCCAGGUCAUCACUCAUCACAUGCAGCGAUACGCUGUGUGGUUCGGAGGAUCUAUGUUGGCAUCCACUCCGGAGUUCUAUCAAGUGUGUCACACCAAGAAGGAUUAUGAGGAGAUCGGCCCGAGUAUCUGCCGCCACAAUCCUGUGUUUGGUGUCAUGUCCUAAACACACGCCAAACCCACAACAAGCUUUUUGUUGAUUUGAUUGGAUGUAAACAACUGAAAUGGCUUCAGUCUGGUGUGAAUGUGUGACAGUAACGGAUUCAUGAUGAAGACUGGACUGACAUCAUCUUUAUUAUUAUUGAGAUGUAAAGAAUCACAAACGCGUGUGUGCGGAUACUUCCUGUCUCUUUUUUUAAUAUUUCAUGAGUCACUGUUGAGGAAGAAUGUUCUCGACUUUGAUUCUGUCAAAUUUGUGACUAAAAGAAAGUGUUAGAAAAAAACACCAUAUCCUGGAUUUUCUUAAUGGCGUUUAAAAUACUCCUUUUACCUUCAGAUGUCAUUUAUUGUAAAUCAAUACUCUGUAUAAGAGCGUGAGAGGAGUGAUGACUGUAGCAGUAUUACCAGCAGAAGAUGUUUGGAUCAAUUAAAGGCAGAUGACACAUGUUGUAAAACAUUCCAAUAAAUGCUCAAAGUUUCUAA